GGCGGUGGGGACUUGUAUGACUGAAUCCCCCAGUGCUUUCCUUGCGGCUGUGGACGUCGGAUUGCAAACUGUGCUAGAGACGGGUGGACUGGAUCUCCUCCCUGCAACAAAGGCCUCGCUCUUUCGCCUCGCUCUGCACGGCUUCACCACAACAACAAAGAUCAAGCAGAGCACGGCCCAGACGACUGUGAUGUCAGCAUUACGAUAUGAAAUUUGCAUUCGCUGUCGUUUGCUAGCGGUAAUGUUAAUCCCUUUUGACAAUUGUGAUUUAGAAUGGACGACCCAAAUUUACGAGAUGAAGUCAUCAUCUGGGGGAUUGGAGCUAAACAUGACACUGUGGAGCACAGAUGUCGACACUUUACUGCAAAUUUUGGAAAGUGACGGAUAUCCAAUAUCCUCGAGCUUUCACAUGGGAGCAUUUCACUUGCUGCGGCCAUACCUGCGCAGUGUUACUGAAAUGGAUGACGAUAGUGAUGACGGAGAUGUGUCCACUUUUGCGGAUUUUUUGCCGCUUCUCGAGAAUGAACGCGCUAAGACCGUUGCGAAUGACGCGUCGGAGCGAAAAGAUAUGCUUAGGGACGUGCGCAUUGUUGCGAGGCGUCUCAUGCCACGCUUUCAUCGUAUGCUCAGCUUGUGGGUCGCCCCGCUGGAUGCUGAACUUGUGCAUUCCCAGAUUCUGGAGCCCCAUCCCACGCAGCGGCUUGCCUGUCUCCUGAAGUGGGAGGGUCUGCUUGAAAUGCUUGGAGGGGAUGAAGGGGAAGACGGAAUGCCGACAGAGAGCCUGAAUGGAUAUCGUCAAGGACUUUUCCAGGCAAUUAUGACCUGGCUACUCUUCCUUGAGCAUGUAGAGGCAGUUGCGCUCUCACCAUCUUUGCGUGACGCAUAUUCUACCUAUGUAUCCCUCUUAGACAGUCUCCCUGUCCUUUUGCUGGCCUGCUUCCGCAUUUUGGGCCGCCGAGUUGGUUCUUCAGCAGACUUGGUAUCCAGCCGAUACGAUCUGCAGGAUUUGUGGGCAACGUCCCACAAGUUGGAAAGUGGAACGGGAUCCAGCGCCACAAACGGGCACGACAUUCGACGUUUGGUUGCCUAUGUAGUGGUGCGUACAAUUGUGACGUUUCCCGCGCUAGUUCGGAAAUGGUGGUCCUCUGAUUCGGAGCGUUGGCUCACCUCUAGCGUUUUCAAGUUUGUGGAGGAGUAUGCCAGUGGACGCAUCGUGCAGCGUGAGAUUGAUUUGAUACAUGCCAAGAGUAGAGGAUAUGAGUGCCCUUGGGGCGGCGGGGAGGACGAAAUCGCCGUUCGCGGCAGCACCAUCACACGGGAAGUAACUGCGCACUACCUGAAAGAUGAUUGUACCCUAGAGAUUUUGCUGCGAUUGCCACUGGCAUACCCUCUUAGGAAUGUAGAGGUGGAAUGCACGCGGAGUCUGGGCGUUUCGGCGGACAAGCUGAAUCGAUGGCAGCUCCAAAUUAUUACUCUGCUGAGCAUGCGCGAUGGAAGUAUUGUAGAUGCCGUUGCCUUAUGGGUGAAAAAUUUACAGAGGGAGUUUGAGGGUAUGGGUCCCUGUCCCAUCUGCAUGUCGAUCAUAGAAGCCCGCAACCUCUCUUUGCCUGAGCGUGAAUGUCGGACCUGCCACAAUCGUUUCCAUAACUCAUGUAUUCUCAAAUGGUUUGCCACGUCGGGUAAAAAUCGCUGCGUCCUUUGCCAGCAACCAACGAUUGGAUAACUGGAGGAAAGCAAUAGAUUCAAGUACCAUACUAAUGAAAGUAUCAAGUAUAUUAACC